AUGGAUAGAAACAUUCUUGAUGUUGCUAGUGGUGGAGCACUUGUCGAUAAAACUCAAGUUUCCUCUUCCAACAAGGCUUUGGAAACCAGAAUUGAAGAACUUACUUCUUUAGUGAAACAAAUGGUAGUGAGUAAACCUCAAACAACAAAGUUGUGUGGUAUUUGUACUUCUACUGAACAUCCUACUGACACAUGUCCUAUUCUUCAAGAUGAUUCGGUCACUCAGUUGCCUCAAGCAUAUGCAGCUAACUUUUUCAUCCAAAGCAACAAUCAGAGAGGGUACAACAUUCCUGACUUGUCCACCAACAAAUAUCAUCCCAAUUGGAGGAACCAUCCAAACCUUCGAUAUGGAAACCAACAGCCCAUCCAACAACAAUUAGUCAUACCCCUGCCACAACCACAAACCACUCCCCAAGUCUCCACCUAUGCACCUUCCAGACCUUCAUUGGAGGAUCUUGUCAAACAAAUGGUUGUUAACAAUCUCCAAUUUCAGCAACGAACAGAUUCCAGUCCUGAUGCUAAUGUGAGUGCAAUUUUGUUGAGAUCCGGGAAGGUAACAGAACCAGCCCUAGAAAAAAAUAAAAAAAUUCUUGAGGUAACACCUGAACCUUCUUCCGCUGUGAUAGAAAUUGAACCCUCUGUUGUGGUAGAAACUGAAAAAGAAAAAGAGAAGGAGUAUGUCCCACCAGUUCCCUUCCCACGUAGAAUACUAAAAAAUAAAAGGACUGAUGAUGGAGACAAGGAGAGAGAGAUUUUAGAUGUGUUCAGAAAAUUGGGGGUAAACAUUCCGCUUCUUGAUGUUAUUAAGCAGGUUCAAAAGUAUGCAAAAUUUCUAAAAGACUUGUGCACAAGUAAGAGAAGGUUGAAGGGCAAUGAGAGAGUAAAUUUGGGACGAAACAUUUCAGCCCUUAUCCAGCCUAAACAUUCACUUGAAAAGGCUACUGUUUCAUCCCUCAAUCAGGCCAUACCCCAAAAGUGCAAGGAUCCAGGAACUCUUGCUAUUCCAUGUACCAUUGGGGAUAGUAAAUUCGACAAUUGUAUGCUUGAUUUGGGAGCAGGCAUUAAUGUUAUGCAUACUUCUGUUUAUAAUAACCUUGAUCUUGGUCCUUUACAGCAUACAUGUUUAAUCAUUCAACUAGCGAACAAAAGUAAUGCCCACCUUAUUGGAGUAGUGGAAGAUGUGCUUGUUCAAGUUAAUUACUUGAUUUUUCCUGUAGAUUUCUACAUUCUGGACAUUUUUAGCGGCUAUUUGAUACCUGUGGACUGUUUAGAUCAUAACUUAAGCUACGGGAUGCCGUUUUAUGCGUUCUAA